AUGGCAUCUGAUGACAAGCAUUCUGAUCAACAAAAAAAGAGUAAAAAACAACGUGAUAAAAAACCAACUGAUAAUAAGGAAGAAAUGGAAUCUUUUAUGUCAAGGAUUUGUUCCCGUUUUGAAAGAUUACAUCUAUUGUCACGCCUGUUAGAAGAACCAGAAGAACAGAAACAACAAAAUCCUACCGAAUCACGGCGAAAAUCAAAAAAGUCUCAAAAAAUCUCAAAAAAUGUUUAUGAAUAUUUUUGUGAUCAACCAUCAACAAGUAAACAAUCAGAUCCAAAAUCUCCAUCAAAAAAGAAACAAUCCAAAUUGAAGCCUUCAUGUAGCAGUGAUAUGGAAGCUAAUGAAGAAACGGAAAUGUUUUCAGCUGAGAAAUUUGAUAAUGCUGACUUGAGUGAAGAAACUGAAGAUAAUACCGCUAUUGAUUCAUCACAAUCAACACAUUUACCAAUAUUUGAUGAACAACCAUACAUUGAAAAUCCUGAAGAGCCAUCAACUUCGACCGGAUUUCGAACAGUUCGAUAUGAUGAUGAGAUUUUAGCAAAAGUUUUAGGACCACCAAAUUUUGAUGAGGAAGGAACCGAGCAAAGUGGUAUGGGAAUGACACAAAAGCCAAAAAUAUCCACUUUAUAUGCAAUUCAAAAGAUACCUCAAGUGAUGAAGCAUUCUGAUAAUGAAUCGUUAUCUCAGAUGAGUGCAAGUUCAAAGCAAGCGAUGAAACAAGCAAAAGAUGAGAAAACAGCAAGUGCAAUUAGUGCAGAUGAAAAAGUGGAUUUAAAAAAUGUAAAAGCUGAAGAUAUUCGUGGUCGUAUAAUUUUUAAAAUAAAUGAAUAUCCAACAAAUAAGCCAAUUACGGGUGAAAUGAACUCAAAAAGUGAGAGUGAACGUGCGCAACAAGCACGCAGACGACUUCGAAAGAAACUUGAAGAAGGACGGAAGUCAUCAGAUAAGACAAAAAAGUAG